AUGAGUGAGGUUCAGGAUUUGAACCCUGCAGGUGAUGAUGAUCAAUUCGCAAAACAGAAGCCGUGUCCGUUGCACCAAAAAGAUGGUGAAGGCAAAGGAGGGGUCGUUGAUGCAGGUACAAUGAUACAAUGA